GAGGGCUAAAGAUUCAAAACUAAUAUAUAAAUAAGGCAAUCAAAUAACUAGCAGCAAAAUCCAGGGACGCAGAUACAAUUAACUUCUGCUGCGGUAUUUAAUCUUCUCUUCUUGAGAACGAAGGAAGCUGAUUUAACUGUUGGGUUGGUUACAUAUAAAAAUCCAUGAGCCUGUUCUACCUUAUUACCUUAUUCAUUUCUUAAUGUGAUGCUGAAGCUAACUUUGAGGACUUAGCGUUUUCACCAAAGCAUUUUAGAUUCUCCUCCACGUUUUAGCAUCUGGGGAUUGUUCGAACUGCGUAAGAGGUCCAUUGAUCUGCAACACUAUAUGGAGUUUUCAUCUUAGCAUAUACUGGAAGCACCUAAUCAGACAGUUUCUCAAUAUUUUCAAUUUUGGGGAUUCACCAUACAACAGUUUUAUAAUGUCGUUGUUGUCAAAGUUGCGGUGCAUCACAGUGGAUGUUACUGGUACAUUGAUAGCUUACAAGGGGGAGCUUGGUGACUACUAUUGCAUGGCAGCCAAAUCUGUAGGGCAGCCAUGCCCUGACUACAAAAGGAUGCAUGAGGGCUUCAAACUUGCUUAUAAAGAAAUGGCCAGCAAUUAUCCAUGUUUUGGGCAUGCUGCCAAAAUGCCCAACAUUGUAUGGUGGAAAACUUGCGUCAGAGAUUCCUUCAUCAGAGCUGGAUAUCAUUAUGAUGAGGAGACAUUUGAGAAAGUGUUUCGGCGCAUAUAUGCAUCCUUUGGUUCUGCUGCUCCUUAUAGCAUUUUUCCUGAUUCCCAACCAUUUAUGAGAUGGGUCCGAGAACAAGGUCUUAAAGUUGGACUUGUUAGCAAUGCAGAAUACCGGUAUCAGGAAGUCAUUCUUCCGGCUUUGGGUUUAAAUCAGGGAUCUGAAUGGGACUUCGGUGUGUUCUCUGGUAUCGAAGGUGUGGAGAAACCAGACCCCAGGAUUUAUGAGAUUGCGCUCAAGAGGGCUGGGAACAUAAAACCAGAAGAGGUUCUGCACAUAGGGGACAGCAUGCGCAAAGACUAUGUGCCAGCAACAAGUAUUGGGAUGCAUGGACUGUUACUGGAUAGGUUUAAGACAUCUGAUGCUGAGGAAUGGAGGAAAUCUGGUGCAGUUGUGCUUCCCGACUUGGAAGCAGCAAAAGAAUGGAUUACUUCAGAGAAGUCAGCAGGCUGAGGGGCAUUUUUUUUUCUUCCCGGAAAUGCGUUGUAAUUUAACUCCCUUUGAUCAAUGGAACUUUGUUUACUACAACUUGACAGCAGUUCUGUUUCUCUCCUAUUUCUUAACUUACUCUUCACUUUCUGGUCUUUGAUUGGGGAUUUGGGGUAGGAAAUGAAUCCAGCCCAGAACAUGAUUCAUUAUAGAAGAUAUGUUCUGAGGUUCCUAUAAAGAGAUUUAGCCUUCUG